AUGGCGAUCGCCAGCAAGCACUUGCCUGCAAAGGAGAGUGCACUUUUUCGAUCGAUCGUGAAAUGCUAUGAGAUUAAGCAAUAUAAGAAAGGUUUAAAAGCAGCGGAUGCUAUUCUCAAGAAAUACCCUGAGCAUGGUGAGACACUGGCAAUGAAAGGGCUGACACUCAACUGUAUGGGUCGCAAAGACGAAGCUUAUGAGUUUGUAAAGAAUGGGUUACGCCAUGACCUUCGUUCGCACGUAUGUUGGCACGUUUUUGGUCUUUUAUACCGCUCGGAUCGCAAUUACAACGAAGCUAUCAAGUGCUAUCGAAACGCAAUUCGAAUUGAUCCGGAGAAUCUGCAGAUUCUUCGAGACUUGUACUUGUUGCAAGUGCAAAUGCGCGACCUAAAGGGCUUUGCUGAAACGCGUCGCAUAAUGCUUACACUCAAGCCAAAUAAUCGCAAUAAUUGGAUUGGCUUUGCGAUUGCGCAUCACCUUGUCGGAAACCAUCAAAUGGCCAUUGAUAUUAUUGACAAAUACUUUGGUACACUAGAUGGUGAGCGCGUAGCAACAUAUGAAGACAGUGAGAUUUAUUUGUACCAGAAUCAGGUGAUUGAGGAGACAGGAGACAUUGCUAAAGCGUUAGCUCAUCUUGAAGACAACAAGGAGCAAAUUAUUGACACCCUUUCGUGGCGUCAGAAGAAGGGACAGUUUCUGCUCCAGCUCGAGCGUUACGAUGAAGCCCAUGACAUGUUUGUAGAGCUCUUAGGAAUCAACUUUGACAACGACGAAUUCCAGCGUGGCGUACAGUGUGCGAUUCUUAAACGUAAAGAUUUGUUUGUGACCAAUUCAAUGCAGAAGAAAGCACCGCUUCCGUCCGAAGUUAUUGAUUUUGCAAACGAAGAACAGGGCGCUGAGCUUGAAAAGGCACUAUUAGACUUUUAUUUGGAAAAAAAGACGACGAUUGGCGCCCAUUCAAUCAUAUCGUUGCGCUUUCCGCUUGACUUUACACGUGGUGCCGAAUUUAAGAAGUAUGCAGAUGUGUAUCUCAAAAGACAGCUCAACAAGAAUGUACCGUCAGUUGGAGCGAGCCUUAAGUCACUGUAUGUUGACAAAGAAAAGGUGACGAUACUGGAAGAGCUGAUUCUAGGUUAUGUAAAGACGCUGGAGGCAAAGAACCCGCUCCAUAUGGGGGAUAACUCCAUUGCAGCCAAUAUGACGGAUCGAGUUCUCUUAUGGACAAAUUAUCUCGCUGCACAGCACUAUGAUCGUCUAGGUAACUACUCAAUGGCGAUGGAGUUUAUUGAAAAGUGUAUUACUCAAAAGCCGCCCUUGCUGGACUUUUAUCAACGCAAGGCACGUAUUCUCAAGCACAUGGGCGAUCUCAAUAAGGCUGCAGACGUCAUGGUCGAAAGCCGUAAGUUUGACUUAGCAGAUCGGUACAUUAACAACAAAGCUACGGAGUAUCUACUACACGCAGACCGCGUCGAAGAGGCCGAUGCCACAAUCGCGCUCUUCACUCGUCACGAAGGAGACCCGCAGCAAAAUUUGUAUGAAAUGCAGUGCAUGUGGUACGAAAUUGAGUGUGGCAAGAGUCAGUGGCGUCAGAAAAAAUACGGUCUUGCCCUUAAGCGUUUUUUUGCGGUGGAAAAACACUUUAAUGACUUUGCGGAAGAUCAAUUUGACUUUCACACGUAUUGCAUUCGCAAAAUGACGCUACGUGCAUACAUUCAGUUGCUGCGUCUUUGUGAUACGAUCUACGGUCAUCCAUUUUUCGUCGAGGCUGCACAUGGCGCCAUUGCAUGUUACCAGGCGCUAGCCGAUAAGGAAGUGGAGAAAGCAGAGGAAGAAGCUAAGACUGCGGCGGCGAACGCCAGUUUGUCGGCUGCUGACAAGAAGAAGGCCAAGCGUGCGUUGGCUAAAGCUCGCAAGGCUGAAUUUAAAAAGAAAGAAGAAGAAGAGCUGAAUGCAAAAUUGCAAAAGGAAGUUGAGGAAAAGAUGCGCGAGACGGUCAAGAAUGGCAAAACCAAGGCAAACUCCGGGGCCGCACGUGUGAAAGAUGACGAUCCGUUGGGUGAUAAACUUGCUGAAAAACCUGCUCUUGAAGAGGCUUGGCGUUUUGUCUCUAUCUUACAGCGUUAUGCUUCGGAAGACGUGAAGACACAUGUCGCUGCAUUUGACAUUGCUCUUCGCAAAAAGAAAAUGUUGCUGUGCUUGCAAGCUCUCUUAAAAGCACAAACGCUCAAGCAUUUGUCUGCGGAGAUGAAAAACGAGUUAAGUUCGCGUCAUGCUAUUUUCUUGGAAGAGAUAAAGCUGGUGUCAAACCCCACUGUAUUGAAGGUCAUCAACACGAAAAAGGCUGACAUCAUGAUUUAG